AUGGCCAAGAGCGCAGAGGCUGAGCAUCGGUCCAACACUUCCAGGACAACUCGUUCAAAUUCAAAUAAAAGUCUGGUAUCCGAUGUGACCUGUCUAAGCACCGAGUUUUCUUCCGGUGCUUUCUUGAGGUCUAGCAACAAUGAUGCAACCACGACGGUCAGCAACAACUCCAGGGUCCCACCCUCACUUGGAGGCUCUUUUGUAGGUCUGGAAGACUCCAAGCACUCCACAACCAAGGAUGCCAGCUGCAACUUGCCAGACAAGGUCCGAGUGCGGGAAUCUGGCAUGAGCAUGAAGGGACAACUCCGUGACAGCCUCAAGAAUAUGGCCCAAGAUUUGCUCUUGAAGCUGCCCUCAUUGGGUAUCUACGGCCGUCAGGAACAGCUUGGGCUGUUAGAACAAGCUUUCAAGACCCUUCUCCAUGGCCGCGGCGGCAAGUCGUCUUUCAAGUCUUCACUGACUGCAUCAUCUACAUCGAAAGGCAGUACCAUGGGCAAUCUGAAGGACUCAGCAGACCACGAUGAUACUACCUGUGCUACCGAGAAAUCGGGAUCUACAGCGGAGAAGAGCGUCCGAUUCUCCCCGGAUGCCAAAGGCGACGAUCUUGAUCAUCACCUCGGCAAGCAGAAGCAAGUUGUUUGGGUCACGGGCAUUGGGGGGUCUGGAAAGUCGUCCCUGGUCGCCGCUUUCAAGGAUAAAGUACACAACAUGGCUGGCAGCAGCAAUAGUGCUUUCUUUGCCUCUGGCAAGUUUGAGUUUCAUCAAAACCUAAAGCCGUACUCCGGAAUCUCUCAGGCCAUGACCCAGUUUUGCAAUUCCCUCAUGCUCUAUUCUUCGGAUAGUACGCUCCAAGACCUGGCAGCUCGGCUCCAAGACCAACUCACGCAAUAUCAGCUCCAAGUCUUGACGCAGUACUUGAUCCCCAACAUGCAGCGUGUAUUGUCCUUGCAAGAAGCACCAGCAAAUAGUAUUAUUGAAGAAGAGAGUCACCACCAAGAAGAACGACUGGUGGGUGCAGACGGGCCAUCGUUGGAAGCAUUGCACACACUCCAAAUUGCCUUUCAGAUAUUUCUCCGAGCCGUAUGCAGUAUUCAGCCACUCGUCUUGGUUCUGGAUGAUCUGCAAUCAGCCGAUGUCAACUCUUUGGAGCUGAUAGAGCAAAUCCUCAGCGAUAAAAAGAACCCCAACUUGCUCCUCAUUGGACUCUAUCGAAAUGACCAAUUGAACGAGUCCGACAAACUCGUCAAGGAUAUUGUCAGUAAGUGUCCACCAUCCCAGGACAGCAACAACAACAAUGACGAUCACGCCAACAGCAUGUACAGCGUCAGAACUACAACCAUUGCACUGAAUGAAGAUAGUGACUUGGGAGUUACAGAGGUCAACCAAUUACUCCAGGACUUUCUCAAUGCUUCUGAUUUUGCAGAAGAACAAGUUCUUGCUUUGGCCACCUUGGUACACCAAAAGACACAAGGACGACCCUUUUACGUUCAUCAAUUCAUUUCCAAUCUCGUCAUGCAAGAGUCCUUUCAAUACAAUGUCACUACUUUGAGUUGGACGUGGGACUUGGAAGACAUCCAAAGCAACAUGGAGGCAACCAAGAACGUGGUGCAUAUCAUGCAAACCCGCCUCAAUCGACUCUCGAACGACAAGAAGGCCCUACUCAAGCGACUGGCAUGCUUGGAAUCGCACUUCUCAUACGACAUGUGUCGUCUAGUGGGUGCGCCUUUGGCCGACCCAGAAAGCAUCGACGAAUCUUUGACCGACUAUGUCAGCCUCGGCCUGAUCAAUGAAAUGGUGUCGGAACAGCGCAUGGCGGAUUCAUUCCGUAUGGAGGAAGAAGAUGGAGCCGCUAGUGAUGUUGCGAUUGAGACGAGCCAAGGGGGGUUUAACGGCAUUACGUUUUUCUGGGUUCAUGACAAGAUCCAACAAUCGGUGAUGGAACUGUUUAUCACCAAAGAGGAGUUGAAUAGAGAAAAGCUCGAUAUGGCAGAAAACUUACUGGAGAAACUCAAUCCAGAGCAAAUGAGCUCAGAGCUCUUUGUGGUGGCAAAUCUCCUAAACGAUGGAUUGGAGUCACUUUCAGUGGACUUUUUGACAAACACGCGUCGCCUCGACUUUGCCAAAUUCAACAUGAGAGCGGGGAAGAAAGCUCUAGAAGCAUCGGCAUUCACUUCAGCUGCAAACUUUCUGAACGUCGGUAUCCGUCUCUUGCCAUCCGGAAGCUUUGAUACUGACUACGAACUUGCGUUGGACUUGUAUUCGAGCGCGGCUGAGGCCGAGUGCUAUCGAGGCCGAUACGACAACAUGCAGCGGAGCAUCGAUGAGAUAGUGGAGCGUAAAUCGAUUUCUCUGUUGGACAAGCGACGUGCUUACAAUGCUCGCUUGGACAGUCUACAGGCAAAGGACUUGAUCAUUGAAGCUCGUGAGGAGUGCGUCGCUGUGUUGGCAAAGCUUGGUUGUCGAUUCCCGAAAAUCGCGUUGACCCCUCGUAUCAUUGCCGGCCUUGUCAAGACAAAAAUGGCCGCCAAGAAAUUGUGCGAGAAAGACGUGAAUGAAUAUGCACUUCUAAGCGAUCCAAGAAUCCUUUGGAUCAUGGCUCUGCUGGACAAGCUCAUGACUUUCGCGUUCCUCACGGAAUCGCCACUGGUCCCUUUGAUUGCCAUAAAAGCAAUCAAGUACACACAGAAGUAUGGUGUUGGAAUUCAGUCCGCUCCAAUGUUUGCAUUGGCUGCCUUCCUGGUGUGCGGGCCAAUGGGCGACUACAAAACUGGGAAGGCGUUAGCAGACUUGUCUUUGAAGGUGCUGGGUCGUGCUGAGUCUCAACGUGCAAAGGCCAGGACCUACAUGUUCGUGUACGGUUUUGUGUAUCACUGGUCAGAAGCCGCGCAACCGUGUCGUUCCAAACUUCUGGAAGGUUACAAAGCUGGGCUGGCUGUGGGCGACCUGGAGAACAGCUGUUGGAAUUUGUCGCACUUUCUGCACAUGGCCUUUUUCUCAGGAGUAUCCUUGCCGUCGUUGCACUUGGACGUGGUUGCUUAUGGUGAUCAAGUUGAAGGUUUCUCACAGGCAACUGCGAGAGACCUGUUGCGGGGCUUGCAACAUGCGGUGGAAGUACUGAUGGGGACAGCUUCCUCGAGGGUUCGCAACAUCGUGGGCGAGGAAAAGUCCAUGGUAUCCGUCAUAACAGAUCUCAAAUGGGAAAUGUAUACCUCCUUUUUCUUGGGAGAUUAUGCUCGGGUUGCGCAGAUUAUGAAUGAAAACAAGACCAUAAUGGAUGGCUUUCCUGGCACGUACGGCCACGGCACUCAAUGUUGCUACAUUGGGAUGAGUUUCAUGCUACUGGCCAGGACAGAGAAACGUGCCAGCGCAAAGUACAAGCGCGAAGCAAAAAAGUUUGCGAAGGUGGUAAAGACCACGGUGGACAAAGGGUGCCCCAACGCAACCCAUCUCGAAUCUCUUUUGGAUGCUUUCCUGGAGGCUUCCAAAGGCAAGGAGCCGAAAGCUUGCAAAAACUUUGAAGUUGCUGCACUGCUGGCUGGCCGAAAGGGUUUUCUACAGGAUCAAGCGCUAGCUCAACAACACCUUGGUGAGUACUACCUGACACUGGGCAAACGUGACGAGGCCGGUUAUCACAUUGGCGAAGCCGUGAAGCUCUUUGAGAUUUGGGGCGCCCAAGCCGUUGCGGACAUGCUGAAGGAGAAAUACGUCCAGCUGCUUGCACCAGUUCCAUCUGUUUGCGUUGAAUAA